GGCAGAUCCGUCUCAGACUCACAAGAGCGCACCCGCUUCUCUUUUUGUUCGUCUCAGUUCUCUUUUCUAGUGUGUAAAGCGUAUAUCAAUCUACUGGUUUUGUGCCAGUAGUGGCGGUUACGCUCCUUGACUGUGUUUUCGACCAGCAUCGAGUUGUGUUUCCCCUACUGUGUACCAAUCUCGCCGAGUUGUGUAGUCAGAAUAAAAACGUCCGUGACAAUAUAAAAUGUCGACAAUAAGAUUAGAGCCAUGUGUAUCGAUCGAUUUCGACAGCUCUACUCUGGACGAAAUUGUGACAAAAGCAAAAGACUGGGCUUUGAUGCAUGGUGUUUGCGUGAUGAGAUCAAGGCAAAAUUUUAGUCCAGAUUCAAUCAAUUUUGCUCCUUUCGUUUUGGUUCCAUCAGCUUUUCCCAAGAAAGAAUUUGAAAAAGCUAUUGAGCUCCAAACUCUUGUUAAUGAGAUGAUACAUCGAAUUGCAAAUAAUUAUGAAUUCCUCAAAAGUACUCUUGCCAUAACCAACACAGUUGAUCCAUUUACUGCACAAUUGUUCAAAAUAUACACCACAGUCCAAGAGGAAGGUGUAUCUCAGGCUAUAGAUUUAGGUUUAAUACGAAAUGAUGUUAUGCUGGGUGCUGAACCUGAGAUGCCCCUUUCCAGUUUUAAACUGAGGCAAGUGGAAGUAAACACAAUUGCAGCUGGGUUCGGCUGGCUUGGACCUUCCUCAGGUCGUCUUCAUAGAUUUGUCAUGCAAGAACUCUCUCAUGGGGAUAAACUUCAGCAGAUACCAGAAAAUAAUGCGCUAGAAGCCCUCUGCGGCGGGAUGCUCAAAGCCUGGGAAAUAUACAAUCAACCUCAGGCUGUUAUCUUAUUCAUUAUCGAAGAAACUACGUACAUUUUUUGUGACCAGAUAUUUCACGAGUUUGAAAUCCGCAAGCAAAAUCCGAAUGUAAGGGUUAUACGCCGCAAUUUGACGCAACUUGGCAGAGGAGGGGCGUCGCUUGAUGCAGAAAAGAAACUGAUUGUAGAUGGACAUGAGGUCGCUGUGAUUUACUUCAGAUGUGGGUAUGCUCCCGAUCAGUACAUGUCAGCUGACGGUUGCGAAUGGGACGCCCGGCUAAUGAUGGAACGCUCAAAAGCCAUUAAGUGCCCGAGCAUAUCGUAUCAUCUCGCUGGGACGAAAAAAGUCCAACAGGUCCUAGCUGAUCCUGGAAAUCUAGAACGCAUAUUUGACGAUCCUGAUAAAGUUGCCAGACUAAGGGAUGUGUUCACUGGGCUUUACUCGCUUGACCUGGACGAAGAAGGUGAUCGCGCUGCUGAAAUGGCCAUCCAGAAUCCUGAUAAGUACGUCCUGAAACCUCAGCGUGAAGGAGGUGGUAAUAACGUAUACGGAGAGGAGGUUGGUGAAGUCUUGAAACAGCUGAAAGGCAAUCCUGAAAGAGCUAGUUACAUCCUGAUGGAUGUUAUCAAGCCCCCAUUACUGCAAAAUUGGAUGGUGCGUCCAUCUACUCAGCCCAUGCGUGUAGACACACUGAGCGAGCUCGGAAUAUUCGGAGUCAUCAUUGGAACUGCCAAGGAAAUCUUGCACAAUUCCGUGGGUGGACACAUGCUGCGAACUAAAAUCCACACCGCUAAUGAAGGAGGAGUUGCUGCUGGAAUCGGAGCCCUUGAUUCGCCAUUCCUUGUUGAUUUAUGAAUUCGUAAUUUUUAUUAUGAUAGUAAAGUCAUGCCUUCGUAUGAAGUAUUAGGGCUAGAUUAUAUUACUUUGAGGGGAUAGCAACAUUUAUCUUAGAAUCGUUUGGCUUUUGAGGCUAAUAUGUUAUUUUGUAUUCAGGAUAACAACUAUAUUUGAAACAUAAAUUUCUAAUAACAAAA